UUAAAAAAAGAGAAGUAAAAAAAACAAAAGUAAAUUUUACUGCCUAUAUAUAAAAAAAUACCUAUUGAAAAAGAAAAUUGAAUAGUUUUCCAUCGAUAAUUUCAAACAACGCAAAUAUAAUCAUAGUUCUGGAUAUAGUGAAGACAUAAAAAUAGAAUAAAUUAAUAAGUGUUUUUAGAAUAACUUGCACCUGUCUCAAAAACCAUCAUUGCAAUUUUAUUCUUCUAUAAUUAAGUGGAUGCGUAAUGCAUCUUAUAUGUUUAAUUUAAUUUUUGAAUAAUUUUAAAAAUAAUAUUUUAAUACAUUAAAGAAUUACGCAAUUGCAUUUUUGUCUGUCAGCGUCUACGUACAUAUACAUACAUUGAAUAAAGUUCAAAGUGAAUCUUGGCGAAAGUUAUCUUGGCGUAUUUACAUGCGUAUACAUAUAUUCAUGUUACAUGUGAUUUUAUUCUAACAGAUUCUGGAAGAUGUUUUCUAAAAUUCUAUAAAGUUAAUAAAAUUUACAUUAUAAAAAGUUAAUAAAUAUCAAACGGCUUUUAAUAAAUAACAAGAGCUUUUGAAAAGACUUGGAAAAACCAAAAUCUUGAAAUUUGCCGCCUUGAGUUGAAUUUCGAAGUUCCUUUAAUCGCAUUAACACAUUUUGUUUGAAUUUAGUAAAGUGAAAACUAAGUUUGAAAAAAUGGAUCCCGAUUGCUUUGCAAUGUCUUCAUAUCAAUUUGUAAAUUCUCUAGCAUCAUGUUAUCCUCAAUCGCAGCUGAAUCCACAACAAGGGCAUCCGGGGAACCCUUUAUCAGCACAGUCAAAUCCAGGGAAUGCAAAUAACACUGGAGCUACUGGCAAUAAUUCAAACAAUGCUGGACCAAGUCCUGGCAAUGUAAGCGGUAGUACCCUAAAUCAACCAACACCAAAUUCAGAAUUUUUUCCUGCAGCGGCUGCAUAUACACCCAAUUUAUAUCCAAAUACCUCACAAACGCAUUAUGGUAAUCAGGCUUACUCACUACAUGGGUCAACACCUAGUGGACAACAAAAUUCUGAUAUGGUAGAUUAUACACAAUUACAACCUCAGAGAUUACUGUUGCAGAGCCAACAACAGCAGCAACAGAGUCAUCAGACUAAUAAUUCAAGUCAACAAUCUAGUUGUAAAUAUGCUCCUGAACAAACAACACCAAGUGGUAAUAAUAAUCAACCAAUAUCAAGCCCACAGGAUCUAUCAACACGGGAUGUAUCGCCAAAAUUAUCACCUAGCUCUGUAGUUGAAAAUGUGUCACGUUCUCUAGCAAAAACAAACGUUGCAACAACAAAUUUAACUAACAAUCAUAGUUCUAAUACACAUCAAACAAACGUAUCUUUACACAGUCCAACAGAUGGUGGUGACUCGGAUUCUGAUAGUGAAAUGAGUGGUAGUGAAGUAGCUGGUGGUCAAAGUAGUGGUAAAAAAAAUGGCAAUCCCCCUCAAAUUUAUCCAUGGAUGAAGAGAGUUCAUUUAGGACAAAGUACUGUUAAUGCAAACGGUGAAACAAAAAGACAAAGAACAUCAUAUACAAGAUAUCAAACAUUAGAAUUAGAAAAAGAAUUUCAUUUUAAUCGUUAUUUAACGCGUAGAAGAAGAAUAGAAAUAGCUCAUGCAUUAUGUUUAACAGAAAGGCAAAUAAAAAUUUGGUUUCAAAAUCGCCGUAUGAAAUGGAAAAAAGAACAUAAAAUGGCAUCAAUGAAUAUUGUACCAUAUCAUAUGGCCCCAUACGGACAUCCAUAUCAUCAAUUUGAUAUUCAUCCGUCACAAUUUGCGCACUUGAGUGCAUAGGACGCGUGGCACUUUUCGGGUACUGGUGCUUAGAGACUCAAUCAGUUGUAUCAAGAACCAUAUCAAGGAUAUCAGGGCAAUCAGGAUAAUAAUAGUACAACAACUUCUUCGUUGUUUACAGCAUCAAAUUCUGAAUGCUCCAAAUAUCCUACAGAAUUUUGAUCUCAAAAAUUAUUGUAGAAUUAAAAUGAAGAUAUAUGAAAAUAAAAACAAAAAAAAACAAUUACAUAAUGAGUUCCCUGAUACAACUGAUUGUUGAAAAAACUAUAUAGAGCAUAUAAUUUUCUUGUUGAAAUUAUAGAAAUUACAAAAAAAAAACAAAUAUAUGUGAUCAUACAAGUUGGUUUAUGAUACUGGUCAUAAGGUAUAUUAAUAUGUAUACAUGUACAGAUAUUUUAACGUAUAUAUACAACAUAAUAAUACACAAUUUAUGUUUAUAUAUACCUGAAACAUAUGCACAUGCAU